AUGGAGUCCAACAGUCUAGAAAGAGCAUCCCAAUACCUCAACAACCUCUUACUCGCGCGCGGUCUCCUUUCAAAUGGAAAACCCAUCGACUUCGCUCGCCCAGAUCGCAAUCGGUCUGGCACCAACCCGACAAUGUCCCGGAUCAUCAAUCUCGUCCACGACUUGGUUCUCCGACGUGAUCAAGAUGCCGAACAACGAGAGAAUCUCGCCACACAUAUUCGCCAAACCCGCGCCGAUGAAUCUCAGCGUGUCCUCGAUCUUCAAAGGAUGCAGGUCAAGAAUGCCGAACUGUCGCGAGCUGCUGCCGCGGCCGAGUCGCAGGAGCGAGCACUAAAGACAAGUGUGCGUAAACUAGAAAUCCAAUUAAAGGAUCAUAAAGAGCAGAUGUUGAAGAUAAAAGCUACUCUGGAUCAAGUGCGGGCCAAAUGUCUAAGCGACGUUCGCAAAAGGGAUGCCGAGUUGGACAAGCUAAAGGCCUAUUUAGUGGGAAUGCAGCGUGGCAAGAAAGACUCAAGUGGGAUGAAAAUAAAUACUAUAAACUGGGAGCCAGAGGUUAAGGGCAGGGAAUUGCGCAACGGCCAGGAUGUGAACAGCUCCGAAUGGAGUCUAGAAAAGGAGAGCACCGAGUUUCUGACCGCCUUGGUCAAUGAGACGAGUACAGAAAAUGUAACACUCAGAAAGAUCAUAACGGAUACUAUGCAAAUUAUGCGAGAUAUGACCGGACUAGAGGAUAGGGAAGCGGGCGCGGAAAACGAAGACCAGAAAGACGGGACGCAGAUACCAGGCCAUUUGCGCGAAACCAAACGAAAAGCAACUCAUCAACAACCCCAAAUCGAAGAUCUCACCUCCUGCGACGACUUAGCUGAGCAAAUGACUGCCAUUCUAGGACACUGCCAAUCUAUACUCAAAGAUCCAUCAUUCGUCCCAAUCGAAGAAGUUGAAAUCCGUGAUGAAGAGAUCAUCAAGCUGAGAGCUGGAUGGGAAAAGAUGGCAAAUCGGUGGAAGGAAGCGGUAACGAUGAUGGAUAACUGGCGCAAACGCAUGAUUGAAAACGGCGAGGGACUAUCAAGGGACGAUCUGUCCGGGCUAGAGUUCGGAAAGAGUGUGGCUCUCCUACCGAAUGGGCAGCCUGUUUUUGGGAUGACCGAGGAACUGUCAUCGAUACUGUAUGAGGGCAGCAAGUUGGAAGAAGAACAACCUGAGCACGAAGAAGUCUUGCCAGAGUCCGAACGAAAAGAAAUUCGAUAUCCAAUAUUGACUCAAAGCGAUGUCGUCGAAAAAGACGAAAUCAAGAUACAGCGACCAGAUCUGGAUCUCGUUCUCGACAUCUCGUCGCCAGAGGAACGUCCGCCUAAAAGACGUGCUUCCAUCGCACGCAGAGCAGGUAAUCUAGGCAAGCCAAUUCGACCACUGAAGGCGAUGGACGUGAACAAUGUCGGUCGCUCACCGAGACAUGGUUUCGAGGGUUUGUCAAUGUCGAGGGAAAGCGCAGAUUCAGGCAUUGGCAGCUUAGACGGCGAGCCUGACGCGGAGCGUGAUGACGAGAACGGAUUUGAGCUUGAAGAGAAGACGAUGGGCUUGGAAUCGCGGAUUCCACGGCAGACCAAAGGACAAGAGCCGGCAUUAACGAUUGAUGAAAAACUGGCAGCGGUAGAGGCAGAAGCUCUUGAAAGCCAGCGAGACUCAAGACCAGCUUAUGGAGCCAAAGGCGGGAAACGAAAACACGGAGCGAACCCUGCGAAGACUAGAAAGGCAUCGAGGCGGAGAAGCACAUUGAGUCCGGAGGAGCUGGCUGAGUUGAUGGGUAUUGAAUAA